AUGCCUCGUCCAUUUAUGAUACACUCUUCUAUGCCCCAAGAAGCGAGUUAUGCAUCGUAUCUCGGGAAUUGUUUGUUUACUAACUUCCCACACUCCGAUGAUGCGAUACCUACACCGUUUACACAAACGUCCAUCAACCUUUCACCAACCUCCAUCGACCUUUCACAAAACGAAACCGUCCCCGAAACUCAACCACCCAACGAUGGUCCUUCCGCACCCCAACCCAUAAAAAAGAGAAGCCAUAAGAAAAAAACCGAGGCGGAUAAAGCACUUGAAACCAUCAAGCGAAAACAACUAAAAUGGACCGUUCCUGAAGAACUUGCAUUGGCGAGGGGUUGGUUUCAACAAUCUCAACAUUCAACUUUAGGAAAUUCUCAACAUCGAACCUACUUGUGGCAAGGGGUUAGUAGAAUAUUCCAUCAAGAAUUGGGAAAAAAGGUUUAUCGUGAAAACGAUAGCUUAUCCUCGAAGUGGACCGAGAUAAGCGGCCAACUUACAAAAUAUAGUGGGUUUCAUGAUUUUGGUGAAUGGUCGCAUGAAAGUUGCUCAGAAGUUAGUAAAACAUUGGUUAACCUGUAG